AUGUUAAACAUUAUUGCAUCCGUGGCAGUACCUGUUGUAUUUGCCAUGGUGAUUAUCCCAUUAUAUCUGCGCUUUACUCUGGUGAUAGCCAGCCAUCGGGCUGGCUAUAUGUCGCUACCAACUGCAAGCACUAUAUCUGAAGCGAAUAUAUUCGUGGCAAGUGCAAUACUGCGAUUCUCUUUUGGACUCAAUCUAGUUUCUUGGAACUCUGAAUGGCGGAUGCCUCUUCCUGCACCUUAUCUUGCUCUUUUGGUUCUUGCAAGCAGUGCUGUUCAUGCAUUUCAUGCUCUGACAGAUUUUCCUGCCACAUCUACUGCAUUGCGGUGGAGAAUUUUGCAUAUAUCCUCGGUCGCAUCAAGUAUGUUACUUUUUAUCAUUGAGGUAUUCCGUUCAGUUAAAAUUAGCGCCAAAUGCGAAGAUGCUCGCAUUCAACGUCUUAUAGCACAGACCGAUGUCAACGGGAAUCCUAUUCCCGUUCCUUGUACUGAAGAAUCUGCUUCGAUUUUCAGUAUCAUCUACUUUUCGUGGGUCAGUCCCUUGAUACGACUGAGUUCCCGUAUGUUCCUCGAACAUAAAGAUAUUUGGGCACUCAACCCGAUCGACUGUUCCAGCUCCAUUAUCGAUCGCUACAGCCGCAUCCGCACUCGUUUUAAAUCCCUUGGUUUCAAGCUCAUGCUUUUGACUUGGCAGAGAUUUGCCAUGACAACACUAUUUUGUCUAAUAGGUGCUAUUCUUGCGCUGGCUCCACCGUUUUUCAUAAACAGGAUUGUAGAUUUCAUCGAGCAUCCAAAUGAUUCACCACUAUACAUGGGAUUCGUGUUUGCUUUGGGACUUUUUGGUUGUUCCAUGCUCAAGUCGUGGUGUAAUAAUCAGUACUUCAAUAACGGCAGAAGAGCUGGUAUGCAUCUUCGUUCGGUUCUCAUUUCUGAAAUAUAUAAAAAAUCCCUGCGUCGAUGUGUUUCCACUACUCACAACAAGGGUGAAGACGACCAGUCGAAUGACAAGAAUGGCAAAGAUCCCAAAAGUGCUGGAAAAGACACCAAAGCCUCGUCCGAGGACAGUGAAUCAUCUCUUGGCAAGAUUGUCACACUUAUGUCAGUGGACACCCGUCGUAUCCGUGAAAUCAUUGCGUAUAUUCCUUGGGUGUUUACCACUCCCUUGCAGAUUAUUGCCUGUGUGGUUGCUCUAUUCGGCGUUCUUGGAUAUUCUGCUAUUGCUGGUGUCGCUGUGAUGGUUAUUACUAUGCCAAUAGUCAGUGUUGUCAGCAAAUUUCAAUACAAGGUCGGUGAUAUGUACAUGGCCAAAAUGGAUGCUCGUGUUGGUGUUGUCAACGAAAUGCUCCAAGGUAUCCGCGUCAUCAAAUAUUUUGGCUGGGAGUCAGAGUUCUUCAACAAGGUGAACAAGGCACGUCAAGGCGAGCUAAAUAGUUUAAUUUGGUGCUUCAUCAGCAAUUCGUUCAGUAAUAUAUCAUGGAAGUCCAUUCCUGUUUUGGUGUCGUUUGUUACCUUUAUGACCUACACACUGAUUGCUGGACAGCAGCUAACUGCCACCACUGCGUUCACCUCGUUGUCAUUGUUUAUGACAUUAAGAUUUCCACUUAUGAUGCUUCCUAAUCUGCUUAUGGAUGUCAUCCAAGAUAUUCACGUCAAAUUCCCUGUUGGUCAACUGACUGCCAUCGUAGGUCUAACCGGUGCAGGAAAGAGCAGCAUUAUUAAUGCUUUGUUGGGUGAGAUGAAGACUCUUCAAGGUCGUACCAUUUUUCCUUCAGUUUAUUCAAGAUCUGCACCAGAUAUCAACUCUCGUGACGUCGGCGUUGCAUAUGUAUCCCAGACUGCCUGGCUUCAAAAUGCAACUGUGAGGGACAAUAUUUUGUUUGGGUCACUGUACGAUGCUGAUAGGUAUGCCAAGGUGAUUGAAGCAUGUGCAUUAGUUAGAGAUCUUGAAACAUUUCCUGCUGGUGAUCAAACCGAGAUUGGUGAAAAGGGAAUCAACAUGUCUGGGGGUCAAAAACAGCGAAUCUCACUUGCUCGUGCUUGCUACUCUACCGCCCAAUCAGUGAUUCUUGAUGACCCAUUGAGUGCCGUCGAUGCUCCUACAGCGCUGCAUCUAUUUGAAAAGUGUAUUCGCGGACUGCUUGCAAGUCGCACAGUAAUUCUUGUUACACAUGCUACUGGUCUUGUCUUGCCGUUUUCCGAUUAUAUUGUCUAUUUCAAAGAUGGUCGUAUUUCUGCUCAAGGCUUGCCCGCAGCCGUUCAAGCACAUUUUGAAACAACGGAUUGUAGCGAUCCUUUUGGAAACCAUUUACUUCACGCGAUCAAAGGUGACAAGAUUGAGAGCGAUGUAACUUCAAAAGUCGAAAACAAUGCAGCCAAUGAGUCAAAUGAAGGUGCCAAAACCAAGGGCAAACUUGUUGAAGAUGAAACCAAACAGUCCGGAUCAGUGAAACUCGCCAUCUAUAAACAUUACAUAGGUGCGGUUGGCGGUUGGUGGUUUCUUGUCGCCUAUCUACUUAUUUUUUUUUGCGCACGCGCAGGUCAGGGUUUGGACGACUUAUGGCUCAAGGUGUGGGCUGAUUCAUACAAGCAUACGGAUAUCAACUCGACAGCUUUGUUCAUGCCAGAUGUCUUUUUAAUGCAGUCCGUUUCACACCCACCAGUCGUACCUUUAGCUACUCCUGUUCGUGAUCCAAGCUUUUACAUUUGGGUUUACGGCGGUCUUGGACUUGGUGUCGUGUUUUUUGAACAACUUUUGUUGACUAUUCAAUAUGCUGGAUCCUACAAUGCUUCAAAGAAACUGCAUUCAUCCAUGUUGAAUAGGGUUCUAAACGCACCCAUGAGAUUCUUUGAUACUACUCCUAUUGGUCGCAUUUUGAACCGAUUCUCAAAAGAUAUUGAAUGUAUUGACAUGGAAGUGAGCAAUGGCGUUUCUGGAUUUCUUAGGAGUGCGCUUCGAGCUUUUACCGUGCUAAUGAUUGUUACCAUGGUAGCCCCAUUAUUGCUCCUGUUGUUUAUUCCUAUUGUUAUUAUGUUUUAUAACAUCUCCAAAUCAUACCUUCUUGCUUCGCGUGAACUUCGUCGUCUCGAGUCUGUAUCCCAAAGUCCCAUCUAUGCCAAAUUUUCCGAAACUCUUCAAGGCGCAGCUACGAUUCGUGCCUUUGGAGUCGAGGAGCAAUUUAUAAACGACAAUAUGAAUCUCGUAGAUAAAAACCACCAAGCAUACUUUUACAUGUGGGCUUGCAUCGAUGGCUUUCGGCUCGAUGUGAUUUGGGAUACACUGGAUGCUGGAAUAGCUGGCUUGUGUCUUGCGUAUGCGACCGAACUUGUUUUCGAUUUGGAUUGGGUGACUCGGUCCCACGCUAUGAUGGAAAUGAGCAUGAAUUCUGUCGAGAGAAUAGAUGAAUACUUGCAGAUUGAGCAAGAUGCUGCUGCAAUUGUUGAUGACUACCGUCCUGCAGAGAAUUGGCCACAUCAUGGUUGUAUCGAUGUAAAGGAUUUAUCCAUUCGCUAUUCUGCUGAUCAACCCCUAGUUCUGGAUAAGAUAUCUUUCCAUGUUGGCACGUUUGAAAAAAUAGGCAUUGUCGGACGUACUGGUGCAGGAAAGUCUACACUUUCUUUAGCCAUGUUUCGCAUUGUUCCUCAUGACUCGGGUCGCGUUCUGAUUGAUGGGAUGGAUAUUGGAAAGAUGGGAUUAUGGGACUUGCGAUCAAGACUAACGAUUAUCCCACAAGAUCCUGUGCUGUUUUCAGGUACUGUUAGAACCAAUCUUGAUCCAUUUGAUAAGCACGAUGAUGCAGCUCUAUGGGCUGCGUUGAAACGUACCCCACGAGUUACUGGAGGACAAAUCGGGCUUACUUUACCAAAUGUGUAUGGAGAGCGGUGA